ACGUCCCCAGCGAAAAUCCCUCUCAUUCAAACCACAAUUGAUCAUGGAACAAGACGCUUUCGAUUUGGCUCAUAUCUCUCUCCGACCCCUCUCGCUUUCCGACGCCGACGAUUUCAUGGUCUGGGCCACCGACGAAAGAGUCGCCAAAUUCUGCACUUGGGAAUCCUCCACAAGCAAAGACGCCGCCGCCGAUUACAUCCAAAACAACGCCAAAAGCUGCUCAUUGUUCCAGGCGAUUUGCCUCGGUGAUCGCGUGAUUGGCUUUAUUUCGGUUCGAUCCUUCGAAGGGAACGACGAAGGCAGGGCGAAAUCCGCAGAACUCGGGUACGUCUUAGGGUUCAAGUAUUGGGGGAAAGGGAUCGCGACGAAGGUGGUGAAGCAGGUGGUGGAAAUGGCGUUCGCAGAUUUGCCAGAUCUGGAGAGGCUUGAAGCUGUGGUGGAUGUUGAGAAUGUGGCGUCUCAGAGAGUUCUGGAGAAGGCUGGAUUUCGAAGGGAAGGAAUUCUCAGGAAAUUCUUAUUCAUGAAAGGAAAAUCCAGAGAUAUGGUCAUGUUCAGUGUGAUUUCCGAUGAAGUAGGAGCUUGAUUUGUCUUCAUCGUUCAUAGCUUGAAGCUGGCGACUUUGAUUUCGGGUUCCAAUGGUGAGAGACCA